GGUACCAAUAUUUAAUGUAUAAAUAAUCAUAUAUGAUCGAGAGGACUGCGAUAUAUGCAUGUCAUACGUCAGUGUGACAACUAAGCUGUGCGCAUCGUUAUUAUCGCGUAGCUUCAAAAGUGUAAUUUAAUUUAAUAUAAUUCACUGUCUGAGUUCUCGUGAUCUGAAUUAUUUUUAAUUCUAUAUACAAUUGAAACAAAAAUGUCUGCAUUACACGAUCAAAUUAAGCUUUUGUACGAUCAAUCAUUGUAUUCAAAUGUUAUUUCUUUAGCAAAUUUAAUUUUAUCUGUCAGUGAUCAUAAUGGUGAUUUACUGCCAGCGCAUGCCAAAUUCCUUGUCUAUGUACAUUGCGCUGAUUCCCAUUUCCAUUUGGGAAAAUACCGAAAAGCUGAAUCGUUGUAUAAAAAAUCAUUACAAUUUCGUAAAUGCCUACUAAAGUCAAAGGAAGCGGCAAAAACCCCACAAGAUGGACAGAAAGAUGUAUUAUCUGAUAUAGAUAUUAAAUAUCAAAUUCAUAAUUGUUUGGUAAAACUUAAAAACCCAAGAGAAGCCCUUCAGGUAUUACAGAGCAUACCGGGUAAACAAAGAACUGCUAAGAUAAACAUGGCACUUGCUAAGAUGUUUCAAGAUCAAGGAAUGGAGAGAUCGGCAAUAACAACAUAUAAAGAAGUACUGCGAGAAUGUCCUCUCGCUUUGGAGGCUGCAGAAGGAUUAUUAUCCCUUGGUGUUAAAGGGGUCGAAGUUAAUUCUUUAGUUGUAGGAUGUGCUUCAAAUUUGCCAAAUUUAGAUUGGUUAAAUACCUGGAUUAAAGCUCAUGCACACAUCCAUAAUAGAGAAUAUAAUCAUGCUGUUACGACAUUAAGAUCAUUGGACAAUGUUAAUUUCUUAAGAGACAAUUUUGGGCUCUUAGUAACUAUGGGAGAAUGUUAUUACUAUGCUGGAGAUGCCAAAAAUGCAUUGUUAUGUCUUCGGAGAGCCAGGGCGAUAGAGCCUGACUCGGUGAAAGGUUUGGACAUAUAUGCUGCUGUUUUACACAAAAUGCAUCAUAUAAAGGAAUUAGAAAAAUUAAUCCCAGCUGUUACUGCUACGGGGGAUUGUACAGCGGAGGGUUAUUUAGUUAUGGCUUAUGCCUUGUAUGCGACACGGAAAUUUAGUAGGGCUAACACAUUAGUCAUACAAGCAAUUAAUUUGAGUCCAAACAACGUGGAAGCAAUAAUUCUCCGCGGAAAUAUUUUGAUUGAACAAAAAAAAUAUCAGGAUGCAUUAAACCACUUUAGGCAAGCAAUGCAACUGAAGCCCCAUCGUUUUGAACCACAUAAAGGCUUAGUUGAUUGCUUUAUUGGAAUGCAUAGGCUAAGAGAGGCUUUAAAUAUUGCUAGCAGUGCUUGUAAACAACUCGGACAUACUCAACGGGCUCUUGCGCUGUACGCUUCCGUAUUAAUGAAAGAUCCAGUAUCUGUUGGAAAGGCAAAAAAUUUAUUACAGAAAGCUUUGGCACUGGACGAAACGUAUUUAGCUGCAGUAUAUUUACUAGCUGAAAUUUAUGAGCAAGAAAUGAACUUAGAAGCUGCCAUUGAGUUAUUAACAAGACAAAUCGAUAUACAACCCACGUGUAAACUACAUCAAAUGCUGGGAGACCUGUGGGCUAGAGUACACAAUGAGGAGAAAGCAUUAGAUCAUUAUGCCAUUGCUCUAAACUUAGAUCCAAGUAAUAGAAGAGCGUUACAAGGAAUGCACAGAUUAGAUAGCACUUCUAGUAAAUUUGAUUCAACCUAUUACAUGACUGUCGGAGACGAACAUGCCGAUACAACAUAUGAUGUUAGGGAUGGUCUUCAUGAUACAGACAAUGACGAAGCUGCAGAGGAGAGUGAAACAGAAGCUGUUUGGUCGGAUAUGGAUCUGGAAGCAAAUAGUCAAUAACAAACCAUGUAACAAGUUGUAAUGUUUAUAGCAAUUUAAAUGACCUUAGAAAAUCGCGUUCAAUUCUAUACCUUCGUGGUAACUGCUUUAUUAAAAGCUUUUCCACGUUGGAUACUUUGUGAAAAAAUUGCUACAUAAUUGGAGUCUCAAUUUAUAAGCAAAUGUAAGCACUUGGUGAUAUUCUAAAGACUAAGUCAUGGCAAAUAUGUUCUUUUUAUUAUAA